ACAUUGUGACAAGGGUGAACCUAAAACAUGUGUUGUCUUCAUAAACAAGAACGGUCACAUUCUUAAACACCUACUACUAGGGAGUCUUACUAAGUCAGUCAACUAAGUUACAACGAGUGUCAGUCGCCUCCAUUUCAGAUGAUGUUGUACUCGACUAGAUCACAGGGUGUCACAGUUUGUAUAUUUUGGUUAGAUCUGAACGUUAGUAAUGGACAGUUACAACGAUUUCAGUUUGACAACCCAUUCUGAAGACUAGUGAAAAGCCACAGUCAUGAUGAGGAGCACUGCACUGUUCCGUCUCCUGUCCGUCUCAGGACUGUGUUACCUGACUCUCAGUAUCUCCCCUCCUCAGUAUCACUAUAUUAGCCUUCAAAUUAAUUAUAGCCAAGCCCAGACUUACUGUAGAGACAUGUACACUGACUUGGCAACCAUCUACAACUCAGGGGAUCUGGAUAGACUUGUACAAUUGGUACCGAAUGGUACAGCCAGUGUCUGGAUAGGACUGGAGUUUGGAGAUGAAUUUGAGUGGCACUGGUCAUUACUAGAUCAGAGAAAGAUUGAGUUUUUCAACUGGAGGGCAGCAGAGCCGAAGCAAAACAAUACUCAAGACAGCUGUGCUGCAAUGGAUCCAAACGGACAGUGGUUUGAGGAUAACUGCCAAAUCAAAAGAGGUUUUGUUUGCUUUGAUGGGAAAAACGCUAGUAACAGUCAUAUCUUCAUUGAUGACAGCAAGACUUGGAGAGAGGCUCAAGACCACUGCCGGGGUACGUACACAGACCUGGCCAGCAUAUGGUCCAGAGAGGAAAACCAUCACGUCCAGAACAUGUCACUGUCCCAGAGCAUGUGGAUUGGUCUCUUCAAAGACCCAUGGAUGUGGUCAGAUGGGAGCAACUCCUCAUUCCGCUUCUGGAAGACCAAUCAGCCUAACAACUUCAGAGGGGACCAGAACUGUACUUCUGUUAUACUCAACGAUAACAAGUGGAGUGACCAGUGGUGUAACAUCAGUUGGGGGUUUGUCUGCCAUGGUGAAAUGAAGCGACCAACUACCCAGAUGCCACCUACAACCACACAUACUACGCCACAAACAACUCCUCCCACAGCUACUGUGCUUGCCACUGCUGAACAGUCAACAACAGAUGAAGUAACACCUAAGCUAACAACUACCCAUUUUGUGCAGAUCCAACAUAUUAUUUUAGAUCUUUUACCAACCUCUGACCAAGCAACUACUGUAGGCUUACCUGUUCAAAACACUCCAUCUACACCAGUACCAACUACAUUCACUACCACAGACCAAGGUUCAAUUGAACAGUUAACUACAAAACACCUAACUACCAAACAUGGAACUACUGUUAAAAAACCAACUACAUUCAAUACCACAGUAAAUGUUACGAAACAGUUGAUUACUGAACACCUAACCUCUGACCCAGCAACUCCUGUACCUGUUCAAAGCAAUAUCUCUAUGCCUGUACCAACUACAUUAACGAGAGAGCAAGCAACUACUGGUUACAUACCUACAAGUGCUACUUUCAAUACCACAGUGCAUGUUUCUACUGAACACACAAGCUCUGAUCAAGCAAUUACUGAACCUGUUCAAAACACUCCCACUACACCUGUACCAGCUAUAUUCACUACCACAGAGCAAGUGACUACUAGUUACAUACCUACAAGUGCUAUGACUGCACCUGUCCAAAACACUCCCUCUACACCUGUACCAGCUAUAUUCACUACCACAGAGCAAGUGACUACAAGUUACAUACCUACAAGUGCUACGACUGCACCUGUCCAAAACACUCCCUCUACACCUGUACCAGCUAUAUUCAAUACCACAGAGCAAGUGACUACUAGUUACAUACCUACAAGUGCUAUGACUGCACCUGUCCAAAACAGUCCCUCUACACUUGUACCAGCUAUAUUCACUACCACAGAGCAAGUGACUACUAGUUACAUACCUACAAGUGCUACGACUGCACCUGUCCAAAAUACUCCCUCUACACCUGUACCAGCUAUAUUCACUACCACAGAGCAAGUGACUACAAGUUACAUACCUACAAGUGCUACGACUGCACCUGUCCAAAACACUCCCUCUACACCUGUACCAGCUAUAUUCACUACCACAGAGCAAGUGACUACUAGUUACAUACCUACAAGUGCUACGACUGCACCUGUCCAAAACACUCCCACUACACCUGUACCAGCUAUAUUCACUACCACAGAGCAAGUGACUACUAGUUACAUACCUACAAGUGCUACGACUGCACCUGUCCAAAACACUCCCUCAACACCUGUACCAGCUAUAUUCACUACCACAGAGCAAGUGACUACUAGUCACAUACCUACAAGUGCUAUGACUGCACCUGUCCAAAACACUCCCUCUACACCUGUACCAGCUAUAUUCACUACCACAGAGCAAGUGACUACUAGUCACAUACCUAAAAGUGCUACGACUGCACCUGUCCAAAACACUCCCUCUACACCUGUACCAGCUAUAUUCACUACCACAGAGCAAGUGACUACAAGUUACAUACCUACAAGUGCUACAACUGCACCUGUCCAAAACACUCCCACUACACCUGUACCAGCUAUAUUUAAUACCACAGAGCAAGUGACUACUAGUUACAUACCUACAAGUUCUACGACUGCACCUGUCCAAAACACUCCCUCAACACCUGUACCAGCUAUAUUCACUACCACAGAGCAAGUGACUACUAGUUACAUACCUACAAGUGCUAUGACUGCACCUGUCCAAAACAGUCCCUCUACACUUGUACCAGCUAUGUUCACUACCACAGAGCAAGUGACUACUAGUUACAUACCUACAAGUGCUACGACUGCACCUGUCCAAAACACUCCCUCUACACCUGUACCAGCUAUAUUCACUACCACAGAGCAAGUGACUACAAGUUACAUACCUACAAGUGCUACGACUGCACCUGUCCAAAACACUCCCUCUACACCUGUACCAGCUAUAUUCACUACCACAGAGCAAGUGACUACUAGUUACAUACCUACAAGUGCUAUGACUGCACCUGUCCAAAACACUCCCUCUACACCUGUACCAGCUAUAUUUACUACCACAGAGCAAGUGACUACUAGUCACAUAACUAAAAGUGCUACGACUGCACCUGUCCAAAACACUCCCUCUACACCUGUACCAGCUAUAUUCACUACCACAGAGCAAGUGACUACUAGUUACAUACCUACAAGUGCUACGACUGCACCUGUCCAAAACACUCCCUCUACACCUGUACCAGCUAUAUUCACUACCACAGAGCAAGUGACUACUAGUUACAUACCUACAAGUGCUAUGACUGCACCUGUCCAAAACACUCCCUCAACACCUGUACCAGCUAUAUUCACUACCACAGAGCAAGUGACUACAAGUUACAUACCUACAAGUGCCACGACUGCACCUGUCCAAAACACUCCAUCUACACCUGUACUAGCUAUAUUCACUACCACAGAGCAAGUGACUACUAGUUACAUACCUACAAGUGCUACGACUGCACCUGUCCAAAACACUCCCUCUACACCUGUACCAGCUAUAUUCACUACCACAGAGCAAGUGACUACUAGUUACAUACCUACAAGUGCUACGACUGCACCUGUCCAAAACACUCCCUCAUCGUCUGUACAAACUACAUUCAAUUCCACAGAACAUACUUCACCAGAACAGUUAACUACUGAACACCUAACCUCUGACCCACUGACUACUGUACCUGUUCAAAAACCAACUACAUUCAACACCACAGAACAUGCUUCAACUGAAAUGUUAGCUACUAGAUACUCAACUAGAGAGAAAGUGACUACUGGUUACUUAUCUACACGUGCUUCUACUGUCCCUGUCAAAAACAGUCCCUCAACACCAGUACCAACUACAUUCAAUACCACAGAUCAUGCUUCAACUGAAAUGUUAACUACUGAACACAUAACCUCUGACCCACUGACUACUGUACCUGUUCAAAAACCAACUACAUUCAAUACCACAGUGCGUGUUUCUACUGGACAGCUGUCUACCAGACUCCUAACAUCUGAUGCACUGACUACUGUACCUGUCCAAAACACGACCUCAACGUCUGUACCAACUCCAUCCAACACCACAGUGCUUGUUUCUACUGAACACCUAACCUCUGACCCACUAACUACUGUACCUGUUCAAAACAUGACCACAACGCCUGUACCAACUACAUCCAAUACUACAGAACAUGCUUCAACUGAAGAGGCAAUUCCUGAGCGCUCAACCGCUAACCAAGCCACUACUGCUUACUUACCUGCAACAACUGUACCUCAACACCAGUACCAACUAUGUUCAAUACCACAGUGCAUGUUUCUACUGAACACCUAA